GAAAUUACAUCUUUGCUCUCGCUUUAUGGUGGACAAUUCAGUGGUGAGCGGGAAAUUUGUGUAAAUUCUCCAUUUUGGAUUCUCAGUAUUCCUUCAGAAGAGAUGGCACGGGGACUUAUGAAGCGGACAGUAUGUGCAAAGUCUAUAUUUGAACUGUGGGGACAUGGAAGAUCUGCAGGGGAGCUCUAUGCAUCUUUGAGGAACUAUCCAGAGCACAAGAUGCUUCCAUAUCUACAGGCAGACUCUACUUACAAAGUACAUAUUCAUACAUUUAAUAAAACACUGACCCAGGCACAGAAAAUAGAAAAAAUAGAUGCCCUUGAAUUUCUGCCAUUCAAAGGAAAAGUAAAUUUAAAGAAUCCAGAACACAUAUUCUGGAUUUUAGAAGAUUAUGGAAUGGACCCUAAUAAUGCUCCAGAAGAGCCCUUUCAUCUGUAUUUUGGUAGAUGGAUUGCAGAUGGCCAAAGAGAACUUAUCGAGUCCUACAGUGUAAAAAAGAGACACUUUAUUGGAAAUACUAGCAUGGAUGCCUGCCUGUCUUUCAUUAUGGCCAACCAUGGGAGAGUAAAACCCAAUGAUCUUGUGUAUGAUCCAUUUGUUGGAACAGGUGGCCUUCUAAUCUCCUCAGCACACUUCGGAGCAUAUGUGUGUGGUACUGAUAUAGAUUACAACACAAUCCAUGGAUUAGGGAAGGCAAGCAGAAAAAACCAGAAGUGGAGAGGGCCAGAUGAAAACAUCAGAGCCAAUCUCUGUCAGUAUGGUCUGGAGAAGUAUUACCUUGAUGCUCUGGUGUCUGACUCCUCUAGGCCCAUCUGGCGGAAGGGGAUGCUCUUCGAUGCCAUCAUCACGGACCCACCAUAUGGUAUCAGAGAAGCUACUCGCAGAACAGGUUCACAGAAGGAAACGGUUAAGUCAGCUGAAAGAAGCACAGAAAACCACAUCUUCGUUUCGUCCAGCUACCAUCUCAGUGACAUCUUCUGUGACCUGUUGAAGUUUGCGGCAGAGUACCUGGUGAUGGGCGGGCGAUUGGUCUUCUGGCUGCCCGUGUACAAGCCCGAAUACACAGAAGAUAUCAUUCCCUGUCACCCGUGCCUGAAACUUAUUAGCAACUGUGAGCAGAUGCUUUCCAGCCACACAUCAAGGCGCCUGAUAACCAUGGAGAAGGUGAAAGAAUUCAAGGAUCAAGAUCAGAAUUCCUGCUUGCUGGAGGGUCAGUAUAUGCCAUACAGGGGACACAAUUCUUUCCGUGAGAAGUAUUUCAGUGGUGUGACAAAGAGGAUUGCCAAAGAAGAAAAAGACAAUCAGAAGUAAAAUAUAUUAUAAACAGAUCAAAAAAUGAGGAAAGAAUGAAGAUCGUGGGGUUUUUUUGUAAGGACAUCUGGAUAUGAACAUUCAUUUGGAUGCUUCAGAAAAAUAAAUACUGCUUUUAAUUUUAAAACAAGAUGAAACCCACAACACAGGUCGAGAGCAGUUCUUUUUAAUUAGCUUUUGUUUAUAGCAGAUUUUCAUGUUUUUCGAGUCUUAUUUAAUUAGUACUUUCAAGUACUAAUGAUGAUUGACUAAAACCAUUAUUAUUCUUUCACCAUCAACAUUUACAAAAAGUAGUAGUAUUAUUUGGCUUCUUAAACUGUGAACAUCUGGCUGUUUUUGAAACACGUGGUGGUGAUCAAGGAUUGCUUAUUAAGAAGAUAAUUUUCAUUUGUUUUGUUUUCUUGUAAAUGGUAUACAAUAAAACAAAAGAUUGUUGUGA